AUGAAGCAUUACGCAGCCAAGGACGCCACAAUCAAGCAAGACCUGCUUGACCACAUUGCGUACGUGAAUGGUGGUCUUGAGGUCGAGGCACUGGUCGACUACGAGUUCGAUCGGAAUUUGAAGCAGUGGAUGCUUCUGGUAAAAUGGCGAGGUCUCGACGAGGUCGAAAAGACUUGUGAGUCUGUGACGUCUUUGUUGAAAGACGUGCCUUAUGCUGUGCGCAGCUACGUUGCUAAGUGUGUUGCGGGGUCGAAAAACAUGCAGCGGAUGGACGAUGUGCAUGGCUUGGUUGCCAGCCGAGGGUAG